UUCAGCCAAUCUUCCAUGUCAUCCCUUCCAGGAUGGCCUUUCGAUAAGGAUGUUCAAGAGUUAGACACGCCAUGGACAGUAACGAGUCCUACUCGCAGAGCUGUCCGCCGACUGCCACCCUUUGCUGACAUUCCGAACGUUCCGUCCCAUGUUUGGACCCUCCCAGGUGCAUGGCUUCACCCGAAUGAAGCGGCCGCGGACAUCCUUUGGCGAGACGAAUAUCGCGAUGUGCUGCGUGGAAUCUUAAUCUGCAUAGAACGAAGAUUAGCUCACCUAAAGCGUCUAGAAGCUGAGGAAGAUUACCUUUUUCCGGAGGCAGACUAUCUCGAAGUCAAUGUCCAGCCGACGCCGACGAAUGAACCCGACACAUUUCAGAACUACUUUGACGACCCCAGCACACAUAAUCUUGCCCUGCGCUCGUCAAUCCUGGUACUCACGGGAUGCCCUGGGAACGGGAAAUCGUUCUUUCUUGCCGCAAUCUUCCUCCUGAGGAUAGCGGCAGGGCUUCCCACUGUUUUUGUCCGCUCACACACACACUUGCUCAUUUUUCGGGACGGCCAUCUGGGCGAGAUGAAGCCCGUCGAUUACCCCUUAGAUAAUCAUCUGUCCCUAAAUCUGCCCGAAAACGCAUGGAUAUUGGUCGAUACUUCGGACGAACUUCCCAAUCUGCCUCCGGUUCUCAAAAUCAGCAAGCAUUUCAUCGUGCAAGCUGCUUCUCUAUGCGAUGAGCGCUUCAAGUACACACGCACAACAGGGGCUGGUUGUCUAAUUCAGUGCGUGCUCAAGCCCUUUACCAUUCAAGACAUCUUGGCCGCCCGCUCUCUGAACCGUGACUGCCAUGCGACGGAAGCCGCGCUCGUUGAAUUCUUCGAAAAAUACGGAGGAUCCGCACGCCAUGCUUAUGCUGAGGCUGCCGCCCCCGACAGAUUCGCGUCUGAAGUUUUAAGGGCCGCUAACGCCCUUGACGAAUCUCGCAUUUAUGACACGUUACAUUGGAACGUAUAUGGGUUCAACAUCGCAACCGGCUACUCCGGGAUCUCGCUUUCUGCGUUCCCUACUUCGGAUCAGAACCGUUCACUCUACAAAAUUUGCCCACCAACGCCGCAUAUAGCGGCAAUGUUGUUGGACCGGAUGCUUGUCUCGAGGGCAGACGCGAAAAUCAAGAUAGUCAAGCAAACGGCUGGUGUUCUUACCGCCGGUUGCCAAGCUAUUGCGAGCGGUAUUUUCGACGACUCUCUCCCACUCGGUUCUCUGUAG